AUGAUGAGCAACAGGGUUGAAUAUUUAUGGAUAGGGAUCAGGGAGAAGGCCAGCAAGGUUGAUACAAUUGGAAUCUGUCGUAGACCACCCAUCCAGGAUGAAAAGGGAGGCAGCAGUGAUGGUUCUUGGGAUAAAGAAAAGCUUCAGUCUCCCCCCACCCAAGGAUCACAGGCCUCUGUUAACCACCCCAACUUGCCUGGACAGCAUAAUGUUCCAGUUAGCCAUCCUCUCAACCCUCUGCAACAGAACCACCUUCUGCCGAAUGGAUUGGAACUUCCUUUUAUGAUGAUGCCCCACCCGUUAAUUCCCGUGAGCCUACCUCCAGCAUCUGUCACGAUGGCAAUGAGCCAGAUGAACCACCUUAGUACCAUCGCCAACAUGGCAGCAGCAGCACAAGUGCAGAGUCCUCCAUCCAGAGUUGAGACAUCUGUUAUUAAGGAACGUGUUCCAGACAGCCCUUCUCCUGCUCCUUCUCUUGAAGAGGGCCGAAGACCUGGCAGCCAUCCAUCCUCUCAUCGAAGCAGCAGUGUGUCCAGCUCUCCCGCACGGACCGAGAGCUCUUCAGACAGAAUCCCUGUCCAUCAGAAUGGGCUAUCUAUGAACCAAAUGCUGAUGGGUUUGUCACCUAAUGUUCUGCCUGGACCUAAGGAGGGUGAUCUGGCUGGUCAUGACGUGGGACAUGAGACAAAAAGAAUACACAUUGAGAAAG